GCGGCAUUUACAGGAAGUGCAGUUAUUUUGAUACGGAAGUAACGAGCGAAAUUAGACAAGGCAAAAGUGGGUACAAUAACAAACGAAGGCAACGUCUUGUUAUUUCUUUAAUACAGCUUGUAUCCCACAGACAUCUGCAAGAUGGAAUUCCUAUUUGGGAAAAGGAAAACUCCAGAGGAGAUGUUGCGACAGAAUCAAAGGGCACUGAAUCGAGCAAUGAGAGACCUUGACAGAGAGAGACAGAGACUGGAACAGCAGGAGAAAAAAAUUAUUGCUGACAUCAAGAAGAUGGCCAAACAAGGACAGAUGGAUGCAGUCAAAAUCAUGGCCAAGGACCUCGUUCGCACACGGCGCUACGUCAAGAAAUUCAUCAUGAUGAGGGCGAAUAUCCAAGCAGUCAGCCUUAAAAUUCAGACAUUAAAAUCCAACAACAGCAUGGCACAGGCCAUGAAGGGGGUGACCAAGGCCAUGGCGACGAUGAACAGACAGCUGAAACUGCCGCAGAUUCAGAAGAUCAUGAUGGACUUUGAACGACAGAGCGAAAUCAUGGACAUGAAGGAGGAAAUGAUGAACGAUGCAAUCGACGACGCAAUGGGUGAUGAGGAUGAUGAAGAUGAGAGUGAUGCCAUCGUUUCUCAAGUCUUGGAUGAACUGGGCCUUAAUCUUUCAGACGAACUCUCAAGUCUGCCUUCUACGGGUGGCAGCUUGUCUGUGGCCAGUGGGAAGAAGGCUGAACCACAGGCAACCCUGGCAGAUGCAGAUGCCGACCUGGAGGAGAGACUCAACAACCUCAGGAGAGACUGAGGGCGAGCCGGGCAGACAUGGGUGGAGGCUUUAAUACAGAUAUAAACGUGUAAAGUGUUUUCUCUCCGAUUUCUUCAAUGAAUCAUAGAUUGAGAGGUAGGACAUAAGGACAAACACGGGUGUGUUUGAGGUGUCUGUCAAACAGCAUAUGGUUUCGUUGGGUUUCUUUUGUUAUUAUUUCUGUGCUAUAUGUGCAGUAUAUACUCUCUCUUGUGCAUUACCAAUGACUAGCCAUAGCCCAAACAAAUUUAUUUUCUCAAAUUGUUUUCAAGCAUAAUAUCUUGCCUGAGGGAGUGGGGUGGCGGGGGGAGGGUUAAAGGGGAAAUGUGUUUAUUAAAUAGAAGAUUAUGAUUAUUUCUCAAGCCUUGAGGGAGUUGAACACUAAUUACUCUGUCGGUAAAUAUAAAUAGGAAAGGCAGCCCCAGAUUUUACAGAUUUAUAGUUGCAUUUGUAAUAAACAGUGCAUCACUACAUUUUGUCCAUUUUGGUCAUAUGUGAUUGGGCAAGUCCACAGACUUUGUUACAUGACUGACAUCAUGUUCUAGUAUUGGUGCACUGAAAGGACUGUUCUCGCUUCUCUUCCUGUUUUUAUUUCUGUUUUGUUCUCUGUAUAUUUGUUGUUCUAUACCCAUGAAGGUUUAUACACUCGGAUGUCUCAAAUGAACUUAGAACUAUUUCUGGGAUCACUUAACAGGUCCUGUAUAGGAAAUACAAUUUUAAGUCCUGUGUGCGAGUCAGUGCCAGACAUUUUUU